AUGGGCUACAGGGGGUUGAAGGCCAUAGCUGCGCUGUGGACCCUCCUCACCGCCGGCAUCAGGGGCCCCGGCGCCCCCACCUGCAGCCGGCCGCUGGUGCUGUGCCCGGCAUCGCUGGUGGCCAACUGGGGCGCCGAGCUGAGUCGGUGGCUGGAGGGGCGGGUGGCGCCGGUAGUGGUGGACGAUACAAGGGGGGAAAAGGUGAAGGAGGUCCUCGCCACCUUCGGUAGCCGCGUCGUCAGGUCGGGGGGUAGGGGAGGUGGGGGUGUUCAUCGGGCCCAGCAGUACCAGGUGCUGGUGAUGGGCUACACCACUUUCCGUAUGCACAGGGAGGCGGUGGUACGGAAGGGUGUGGACAUUGUCAUAUGCGACGAGGCCCACACGCUUAAGAAUGGAGAGAGCCAGCUCACCAAGGCGGUUGCCGGUCUCCCCGCGCGCAUGCGGCUGCUGCUGUCGGGAACUCCCAUUCAGAAUGAUCUGGCAAGUGCGGCAGGUUGGAGAGAGGGGGGAAGAAGGGGGAGCAGUGUAGAGGGGUACGGUACGGCGACAGUACGGUAUGAGGGGGUGAUGACCGAGUUCUACACGCUGUUCAAUGUUGCCGUACCGGGGCUGCUCGGGGAGCCCUCCGCCUUCCGACGCACCUUCGAGCACCCCAUCCUGCGGGGGCAGGACGCGGACGCCAGUGACGCCGAGGUGGCGGUGGGGGCGGAGAGGUCGGCGCAGCUACUGCAGCUGUGCGGCCGCUUCAUGCUGCGCCGUACAUGCGGCCUGAUGAAGAAGUACCUGCCGCCCAAGGUGGAGCAGGUGGCAGUCCUCGAGAUGAUGCUGAAGGCGGUUCGCGAGGGGGGCAGCGGGGACAAGGUGGUGCUGGUGUCCAACUACACCGAGGCGCUGGACGUGCUGGAGGUGAUGUGCCGUACUCACGGCUGGGUGAGUUUGCGCCUUGACGGCAGCUGCUCAGUCAAGUCCCGGCAGCCCAUCGUGGACACCUUCAACGACCCGUCCCACCCGUCCUUUCUGCUGCUGCUCUCCUCCAAGGCCGGGGGAGUGGGACUGAACAUCAUCGGCGCCAACAGGCUGGUGCUGUUCGACCCGGAUUGGAACCCCGCCAACGACCUUCAGGCUAUGGCUCGCGUCUGGCGGCAGGGGCAGAAGAAGAAGGUUUGGAUAUACCGCCUGCUUACCACGGGAACCAUCGAGGAAAAGGUGUACCAGCGGCAGCUAGCCAAGCAGGGCCUCAGUGCGGCCGUGGUGGACGACACGGCCGCGCAGAGCAGGACAUUCAGCCAGGACGAGCUCAGGGCGCUGUUCGAGGUCAACACCACCACCAUGUGCGACACCCACGGAGCCAUCAAGUGCAGCUGCGACGGCAGCGCAGCAGCAGCGCGAGCCAAGCAGGAGCAGGCCAAGAGGCAACAGCAGGCGGCGGCUGCGGCGACUGCUGCGGCGGAGGCAGCAGUCGAGGGACAACAGGGCAAAGACGACGACGACGAUGACGAUGGCACCCUGGCUAAAGGCGCUUCAGGGCCCCCAGCAAAUAAGGACAAGGGCAAGGGCGAGGGCAAGGGCAAGGGCGAGCAUGAGGGUGGUACGGUGGAUGACGGCAUCAUGCAGUGGGCCCAUCUAGCCAGCGUCGCGGAUUCCGUGGAUCCAAUUUGGCAAGGCGUGUCGUCCUGGCUGAGAGACAAAUUCACGACGUACCUUUUCAGCGACCAUAUUAUUAACGACAGCCCGAAGGAGGGGGUGGAGGUGGAGGACGAGGAGGAGGCGGGGGAAGAUGUGGAGGGAGAGGAUCCAGUGUGCGACGACAUUGACUACGGCGACUACGAAUGAGCGGCAAGGGAUGGGGAGGAAAGAGUUGUGCCGGCGCGCGUGGUUUGCGUGCGUUGUGAUUUGAGAAGUUUGGGAUUCCUACAAGCGUUUGCACAUGCGUGCGAGCCUUUGUGAAGGGGGCGUGCGCUUGAAUGGCCGUGUGCGAGAGAAUAUUUGGGGUGCACCUGGGGAGCUUGCUGUGGCAUCCAAGCUGCAGGUUGAAAAGGUUUGCCCAACAAAUGAUUUGCAGGUGUGUUUCCGCAGGAUGAGGCUGACUAUCGGCACCGUGUAGGUGUGCAAAAUGGCAGACCUGGCGGAACCCAGGGAAAGGAUGGCCAAAGUGGCAUAUAUGGUGAUAUAGUCUUAUGUAGGCAUUAAACAUGUGCCAUAGACGUGGGAUAGUGCAGCCCUGCAGUCAGCACUGCUUCGUUGCAGAGAAGGAAUAGUUACUUUAAUAAGCGAAAAGUUG